UUGAAACUAUAUUUGGAUGUACAAGCUAUUAAAAGCUUCUUGUACUGAGUGACCUUUCAGGCAGAAUUCAGAUCUAAUACUCACGCUGGUGCUGCCUGUUGCUGAGUGGAAGACAGCAGGAAAUCCUGGAUUCAAACCUCUAUUGGGUUUUUGUUUUGCUUUUGUUUCCCUUCAUUUUGCCUUAAGAAGAUGAACAAUGAAACCGCAACCCUGAUAUCCUUGAAAGAGACGAUGAAAAGAGUAGACCACAAACUCCAAGCUUUAGAAGCACAGUUUAAAGAACUGGACUUCACCAAGGAUAAUCUGACACAGAAAUUUGAACAUCAUAGCAAAAUGUUGGCAAGCCAGGCAGCCCAAGAUGAGCUGUGGACAGCAGUUCUGGCACUCAAGUUCACUUCAAUGGAAUUAAAUAUUAUAUACAGCUAUGUCAUGGAAGUACUCAUCUGCUUGCACACUCGUGUGCUUGAGAAGCUGCCAGACCUGGUGAGAAGUCUUCCUACCUUAGCCUCCGUCCUUAGAAGAAAAGUCAAGAACAAGCGCAUUAGAGUCGUAUGGGAAUCUGUCCUGGAGGAGUGUGGGCUGCAAGAAAGAGAUACCACAGCACUUUGUACCUUCUUUAUUGCACAUGGUAACAAGGCAGAACACUACAGUGCCAAAGUGAGACAGAUGUACAUCAGGGAUGUCACUUUCAUGAUCACCAACAUGGUAAAGAACCAGGCUCUGCAGAAUGCUUUGCUGAUGGCUGUCCAGCUCAUUGAGAAGGGGAAAGCAGUGACAGCCCCUGAAGAGCAAAAGUCAUCCCUAAAAGAGUUGAUGCCAAUUGUCAAAAACUAACCUGUUCCCUAUGACCUAGCAAUUCCACUUCCAGUAAUUUAUCUUGCAAAUGGGAAAGAAAUAUGUAUAUACAAUUUUGCUAUGGACGUAUGGUAUUUUUAUAGCAAAAGUUGGGAGAGUAUUAGAGAAAUUAUGAUAAGUUGAUACAAUGGAUACUUCUGUAUAGUCAUAUAAAAGAAUGAAGAAGCUCUUUGGGUUUGGCUCAGUACAUAGAACAUUUGCCUGUGGACUGAAGGGUCCCAGGUUCAAUUCUAGCCAAGGGCACAUGCCUAAGUUGUGGGCUGGA